AUGCGCCACGUGCGAGGCUUUAGCGGAAAAUCCGACGAGACCGCCCGUGAGCAGCGAGGGGGCCGGUAUUCGGUGUUCCCCUCCGGAGAGCUGCACAUCCGUCACGUGACCCCUGAGGACGGCGCGCUGCCCUACCGCUGCGAGACCAGCCACCUGCUCUCCGGGGAGUCGAGGGUCAGCUCGGCAGCCGGCAGGCUGCUGGUGACGUCACCGCAGAACCCGGUAGCACCGCGCAUCACGGACUCCCGCAGCCACGUGCAGGCGAGCUACGGGCAGCCCGUGGAGCUGCCUUGCGCCGCCCAGGGACACCCUCUGCCCACGUACACGUGGUUCCGCAGCCAGGGGCCGUCCAGCGCGCCCGUCCAGCUGGACCGCCGCGUGCGGCAGGUGGGCGGCAGCCUCUACGUGGGCGGCGCGCUGCUCGAGGACUCUGGCCGCUACGUCUGCGUCGUCAACAACUCGGCGGGCGCCGAGCGCGCCUCCACGUCGCUGCUCGUCACCUCGGCGCUGUCAGCGCGGCUGUUCCCGCAGCAGCAGACGGUGGACGUGGGGCGGUCCGCGCAGCUCAACUGCUCCACCGCCGGCCACCCCCAGCUGGCCGUCUCCUGGCUCAAGGACGGCCGCCCCGUCCACCCCUCCAGCAGGGUCCGGCUGGUCAGCCCGCAGAUAUUGCGUAUCGAGCGAAUGGAGCGAUCUGAUGCCGGGAUGUACCAGUGUGUGGUUUCCAAUAAUGACGACGCUGCUCAAGGGACUGCUCAAGUUUCGUUACAAGACGCGGCGCCGCAGCUGGUGAGGACGUUCGGCGCCGCGACGCUGGAGGCGGGCGCCCCCUGGUCGGCGGAGUGCGAGGCCGCCGGCAGCCCGCUGCCCUCCGUGUCCUGGCGGCGCGACGGCCGAGCCCUCGCCUCCUCACAGCGGCACUCCCUCCAGGUGAGCGUGGAGGCGGGCCGCUCCUCAGUGGUGGGCCGGCUGCGGCUCGCGGCCGGCGCCGCCUCCCACGCCGCCCCCCUGCGCGUGCUGGGCCCGCCGCACGCCGCACCCAUGCCGGACCGCAGGGUCGUCGCCCACACCGACGCCGCCUUCCACUGCCGCGUCACCGGCUUCCCCAUCAGCGAGAUACGCUGGCAGAGGGAAGGUAUCACGCUACCGAAAAACCACAGGCAACAAGUAUUCCAAAAUGGAACACUCAUAAUAAGAAACAUGCAGAAGCACCUCGAUGAGGGAGGUUACGUAUGUGUAGCAACAAAUCCUGAUGGACUCACGGCUAGAAGCAAGCUCAACAUCCAGGUGAUGGAACCUCCUGAGAUUGACCCAAUAGCGACAAAGCCGGACCUUCAGAAAGGUAUGCGGACGCACCUGUCGUGUGUCGUCAGUAAAGGCGACCUGCCAAUGGAGAUCAGGUGGCUCAAGGACGGCGCGCCCCUCCCAGCGGACGCGGAGGUCAGCCAGAGGCCGGUGGACGACUACUCCAGCACGCUGAGCUUCCGCAGCCUGGCGCCCAGGCACGCCGGGAACUACUCGUGCCACGCCUCCAACGCCGCAGCCUCCAGCCGACACACCGUGCAGCUCGUGGUAAACGAGCCGCCGUCCUGGAAGAGGCAGCCGAAGGACACGACGGUGGAGGCCGGCAGGUCUGUGGUGCUGCACUGCUCUGCAGACGGCUCGCCUCCUCCGCGAAUCCUCUGGAAGAAGGACGCAGGAUCCUCGCCUCCCCAUUUCCUGGACGUCAGCCUGCUAAUGUCCAACUACAAAAUUCUGGCCAAUGGCAGCCUAUGGAUUCGUAGCGCCCGCUCAGUGGACAAGGGACAUUUCUUGUGCCAAGCUACCAAUGGGUUUGGAAUUGGUCUUAGUAAAGUCGUCCACCUUGAUGUGCACUUGCCAGCAAGAUUCCACAGACCCUUUCAAAAUAUAACAGCGAUACAGGGAAGUUCAGCCACUCUCGACUGCACAGCAGAUGGGGACAAACCUGUCAGCAUAAACUGGUUUCAAAAUGGCCACCGUUUUGAUGCUACUCUUCACGAACGAGUUACUGCAGAGGAGAUCGCAUUACCCAAUGGAGUGGCAGCAAAACUGGAAUUCGAACGGUUACAGAGAACAGAUACAGCACGUUUUGUUUGCAUUGCUGCUAACAAAUAUGGUUCAGACAGAUCAGAAAUCCUGCUGGUAGUUCAAGAGCCACCAGAAACUCCAGUGAACUUCCAUGUUUCAAACUACAGCAGCCGCAGUGUUAGCUUGGCCUGGGAACCACCGUACGACGGAAACAGUCGAAUCACGCACUACGUCGUGCAAUACAAAAAUACUUCAGUUACAUGGCAUUGGAAUGUUGCCCAGGUGCUGGUGCAAGGAGACCAGCAAAACGUCACCGUGGCGGGUCUUCUGCCCGCCCACGCGUACCACUUCAGAGCUCUCGCUAGCAACUCCAUUGGAACGUCCAACGCGACCAGCGUGCUCUCAGUAACCACAGAGGAAGAGCCCCCUGAAUCUCCACCAAGGGAUGUGAAAGUUAGGACGAAAAGUUCAGAGAGUCUUCUCGUUACGUGGAAGGUACUGGUUUUCAAACUCAGCGCAAGGGAAUGGCAGUAA